AUUAUUUCAUUUAUUGGCUCCGUUUGCCGGAAAAUCGCACUCCUCCUCCGCGCUCGGCUCUCCGCCUCCACCAACAAAUUUUCCCUCCCCGUUUUGCCCCCGCCUCUGAGAUCUCCCUCUCCUCCAAGCAUCCCGUGAAUUAUCCGAAAUCCAGGGGCAUUUCCUCGGUAUUACCAUCGGUAGACCUGUGUGUAAGCCUCGUUCAAUCGGGAUUCGCAUGGGAUUAGUAUGGUAAUUGAAUUUUCAAUCUAGAAGGAUUUCGGAAUUGUUGAUUUCAAAUUGCGAAUCGUUGCCUGCGAUGAGGUCGUCUUCGAUCUGGCCGGAUAAUUCCGCCGCUGCCGCGUCUUCGUCGUCGAGUUUCCAGCAGCUCGUACCUCCGCCUGUGGCUACGGGCACUCCCGAGAAAUCUCGUCCGAGGCAAAGUAAUGUAUUCCAAUUGUUAGCUCGGAGAGAGGUAUCUCCUCAAACCAAGCAUUCAGCCAGAAGAUUUUGGGGCCAGGAUUCCAGUACCUGUGCUGACUCUUGCAGAACUAGAUUUGAAUCUGCCAUAGACGCAAGACAAGAACUUCGUUCAUGGGUAGAGUCAGGGUCAUUGCUGCAUAUAUCAGCCAAGUAUUGUCCCCUGCAGCCUCCACCUAGGUCAACAAUUGCUGCAGCCUUCAGUCCUGAUGGAAAGACACUUGCAUCAACACAUGGAGAUCAUACGGUGAAAAUAAUCAAUUGUCAGACUGGAAAAUGCUUAAAAGUGUUGAGUGGUCAUCGGAGGACUCCUUGGGUGGUUAGGUUUCAUCCACUUUAUCCUGACAUUCUUGCUAGUGGAAGUCUGGACCAUGAAGUUCGAUUAUGGGAUGCCAAAACUGCCGAGUGCAUAGGAUCGCGUGAUUUUUAUCGUCCAAUAGCUUCGAUUGCGUUCCAUGCUAAAGGGGAAAUUUUGGCCGUUGCUUCUGGUCACAAGCUCUACAUGUGGCAUUACAACAAGGGAGGGGAGGCUUCCUCUCCAACAAUUAUAUUAAAGACUCGUCGUUCGCUCCGUGCUGUACAUUUCCACCCACACGCUGCACCAUUUCUUCUAACUGCUGAGGUCAAUGAUCUUGACUCGUCAGACCCUUCCAUGACCCCUGCAACUUCGCGUGGCUACUUGCACUACCCUCCUCCUACCAUAUAUUUGGCAGAUGCACAUUCAAAUUAUCGUUCAAAUUCAGGAAGUGAUGUUCCUGUCAUGUCUGUACCAUUUUUAAUAUGGCCCUCAGUCAGCAUAGGUGAUGGGACCUCACAACAAAGUGAUGUUGACAUGAGUUCUAAUGCUUCACAACAAAGGGUGGAUAGUUCUGCCUCUGUACGAUUGCUCACAUAUUCAACUCCAUCUGGACAAUAUGAGCUGGUAUUGUCUCCCAUAGAAUCUAGUAGUGCCACUGCACAAGAUGAGUGGCUAAAUAAUUCUUCAACAAGGGAAACUGGUAAUGCUGGUUCUGAGCAUGCAAUGGAUGCGAUGGACACAGAUAUGCCAGCUGAAGCAAGAAACAAUCAAUUUUUCCAAUUUGGUGACACAACAAAUUGGGAGCUGCCAUUCUUGCAGGGGUGGCUGAUUGGUCAAAGCCAAGCUGGCCAACGUGCUGUUCACUCACAAAAUGGAGGCAGUAAUGAAGGUUUGCCUUCCCAUAGUAUAGGGGACCUAUCAACAGUGGUUCCUCCAGUAAUUCCUAAUACCGCUGGAAAUUUAAGGGUUCCUGGAAGAUCUGGCUCGCGGCACCAUUCUUCACGCACCCAUGCAAUACCAACAGCCAGAUCAGGAGAUGCCGCUGCUUUUAACAAUAGCCGCCCCGAGCAGAGCAAUUCACAACCUUUCAUGAACCAAAUCCAGUCUGAGGUAGCCACAUCACUGGCUGCAGCAGCAGCUGCUGAGUUGCCUUGUACCGUAAAGCUAAGAAUAUGGUCUCAUAAUGUGAAAUAUCCAUGUGCACCUCUUGAUUCAGACCGCUGUCGAUUAACAAUUCCUCAUGCUGUACUUUGUAGUGAAAUGGGUGCUCAUUUUUCACCUUGUGGAAGGUUUUUGGCAGUCUGUGUAGCAUGUGUUUUACCAACAACAGAUGCUGAUCCAGGGUUUCAUAGCCAAAUUCAUGAUGUUACCGGUACCUCAACAUCGCCUACUAGACAUCCAAUUUCAGCUCAGCGGGUUAUGUAUGAGCUAAGGAUAUAUUCCUUAGAAGAGUCCACAUUUGGGUUUGUUCUGGCCUCUCGGGCUAUCAGAGCUGCUCACUGUUUGACAUCAAUACAGUUUUCUCCAACCUCUGAGCAUCUUUUACUUGCUUAUGGCCGGCGCCAUAGUUCACUUCUUAAAAGUGUUGUCAUUGAUGGAGAUACAACAGUACCCAUUUACACUAUUCUGGAGAUCUACAGAGUUUCUGAUAUGGAACUUGUGCGAGUUCUUCCAAGUGCAGAAGAUGAGGUCAAUGUAGCUUGUUUUCACCCUUUAGUUGGAGGUGGGCUGGUAUACGGAACCAAGGAAGGAAAGCUGAGGAUCCUUCAAUGUGAUGGUUCGGACAGCUUCAGUUCCAAGGAAUCCCGCGUUCCUGAUGAUAAUAACAUGGUAGAGGUUCCAACUUUUGCAUUGGAAGGUUGACUGUUAAUUCUCAAGGCAGUUACAUUAUGCACCACCUCAGAAGUCGAUCACAUGGUGAUGCCAUCUUGCAAGAAUGGAAGGGCUCAUAUGAAGCACAUGAUUAUCACGAGGAAAAACACCUCGAAUCUCGAUUUGUUCCAGCAGGCUUAACGGCAUCUCCUGUUAGUGGCAGGUUGGUUUCGAAUCUAACAACCGCGUGGAGUUAAAUUAUGUGCAAUUGAUAAUUUCGUAAAGAGGGAGGUAUGGUAGACAGUAGAAAGAGAAAGGUUGUGGCCGACUCUACACUCUUGUGUACAGAGACAACUACCUAAAGUUUGUUUGUGGUACCAAAUUUAGCUUCUUAGAGUGUGAUUUUGUUGGGCAAUUCUGCAGAAUUUCUUGAUUGAUUAUUCAGAGGGGACUAAUUUUAUUCCCUUGUUGUAUAUUAACAUUGUGGUUUCUCAUGAAUGUAAAACUUGUUUUACAACUA